GCCAUGGCGGGUGAACAGCUCAACGUGUUGAAAGCACUAGACCAGGCGAAAACGCAAUGGUACCAUUUCACGGCGGUGGUGAUCGCCGGCAUGGGCUUCUUCACCGACGCCUACGACCUCUUCUGCAUAUCCCUCGUCACUAGGCUGCUGGGGCGCAUCUACUACACCGAAGCUGGCAGCAACGAGCCGGGUCACCUCCCGGCAAACGUGUCGGCCGCCGUGAAUGGCGUGGCCCUCUGCGGCACGCUCGCGGGGCAGCUCUUCUUCGGCUGGCUCGGUGACAAGCUCGGCCGCAAGAGCGUCUAUGGUUUCACGCUCAUCCUCAUGGUUCUCUGCUCCAUCGCGUCAGGGCUCUCGUUCGGGCACGAGGCCAAGGGUGUGAUAGGGACGCUGUGUUUCUUUCGCUUCUGGCUCGGCUUCGGCGUUGGCGGCGACUACCCCUUAUCGGCGACCAUCAUGUCCGAGUACGCCAACAAGAAAACACGUGGCACCUUCAUCGCUGCCGUAUUUGCCAUGCAGGGCUUCGGUAUUCUGUUCGGCACCAUCGUCACCAUUGUUGUCUCCUCCGCGUUCCGGAACGCGUUCCCAGCGCCACCCUUCUACGUCGACGCAACGUCAUCCAUUGGGCCGGAGGCCGACUACGUGUGGCGCAUCAUUGUCAUGUUCGGCACCAUCCCUGCCGCGCUGACCUACUACUGGCGCAUGAAGAUGCCAGAGACCGCGAGAUACACGGCGCUCAUCACCCGCAACACGAAGCAAGCCACGGCGGACAUGUCCAGGGUGCUCAACAAGGACAUCACCGAGGAGGAGGAGAAGGUCCAGCUUCAAGUGGCCUCCGGGGACACUUGGGGCCUCUUCUCGCGGAAGUUCAUGAGCCGCCACGGACUACACCUGCUAGCCACCACAAGCACCUGGUUCCUGCUGGACGUCGCCUUCUACAGCCAGAACCUAUUCCAGAAGGACAUCUUCACCAAGGUCGGAUGGAUCCCACCGGCAAGGACAAUGAGCGCCCUCGAGGAGUUGUACCGCAUCGCUCGUGCCCAGGCGCUCAUCGCUCUUUGCGGCACCGUACCGGGCUACUGGUUCACCGUCGCCUUCAUCGACAUCAUUGGCAGGUUCUGGAUCCAGCUCAUGGGUUUUGCCAUGAUGACCAUCUUCAUGCUCGCCAUCGCUGUGCCCUACGACUACCUCGUCAAGCCAGGGCACCACACCGGCUUCGUCGUUCUCUACGGCCUCACCUUCUUCUUCGCCAACUUUGGGCCCAACAGCACAACCUUCAUCGUGCCCGCCGAGAUCUUUCCGGCCAGGCUCCGCUCCACUUGCCACGGUGUCUCUGCCGCUGCCGGUAAGGCCGGGGCGAUCAUCGGUGCAUUCGGGUUCCUGUAUGCAUCACAGGAUCAGAAGAAGCCCGACAAAGGGUACUCCGCGGGUAUCGGCAUGCGCAACGCACUCUUCGUGCUCGCUGGCACUAACUUCCUGGGAUUACUUUUCUCACUGCUGGUGCCAGAGUCAAAGGGAAGGUCGCUCGAGGAGAUCUCCAAGGAGAACUAUGACGAUGACGCAACCAUUACCCCUGCUGGUGUCUAG